GAAGAAUCAAACCGGAAGUUACGCUGAAUGUUGUUAUGGCGUCUCACAUGUAAAUUAUCAAGCUAGAGAAUUAAAAAAUACAACUUUAUUAGAGGGUUUGAAGGUUUAAACAAUCCAGCUGGCUGUAAAACUCCUACAGGACCAAAGCAAUGAGCACCCAAUACAGCAUCCUUUUCAAGCAAGAACAUGCACACGAUGAUGCCAUCUGGACGGCAGCGUGGGGUAAAAGUGAGGCAGAUGGGUCAGAAACUAUCGUCACCGGCUCGUUAGAUGAUAUGGUCAAAGUCUGGAAAUGGUCAGACGAGAAGCUGGAGCUGCAGUGGACUCUGGAGGGCCACCAGCUGGGCGUGGUGUCAGUGGACAUCAGUCACAACGGAGCCAUCGCAGCCUCCAGCUCCCUGGACGCUCACAUCCGCCUUUGGGACCUGGAGUCUGGAAAACAGAUAAAAUCUAUGGAUGCUGGACCAGUCGAUGCUUGGUCGGUCGCCUUCUCCCCAGACUCUAAAUACAUCGCCACAGGAAGCCAUCAUGGCAAGGUCAACAUCUUUGGUGUGGAAAGCGGCAAGAAGGAAUAUUCCCUGGACACUCGAGGAAAAUUCAUCCUCAGUAUAGCUUAUAGCCCUGAUGGUAAAUAUUUGGCCAGUGGAGCCAUCGAUGGAAUUAUCAACAUCUUUGACAUUGCCACUGGAAAACUGCUCCACACGCUGGAAGGUCACGCCAUGCCUAUCAGAUCCCUCACGUUCUCACCGGACUCUCAGCUGCUGGUCACAGCCUCUGACGACGGAUACAUCAAAAUAUAUGAUGUGCAACAUGCUAACCUGGCUGGAACGCUGAGUGGACAUGGAUCCUGGGUUCUUAACGUUGCCUUCUCCCCAGAUGACACUCACUUUGUCUCAAGCUCAUCUGACAAGAGUGUGAAGGUGUGGGACGCCAGCUCCAGAGCCUGCAUCAACACGUUCUUUGACCAUCAGGACCAGGCGCCUGUAGGGAGGUUGAUCUUUUUCUCCUGCAAAGCCUCUAACUGAAAGCAUGGCUCCUCAGAGAAGGAGACCAGAGGUGUGGAGCGUGAAGUACAACAGCAACGGCUCAAAGAUCAUCUCUGCCGGAGACGACCGUGCCAUCCACAUCUACGACUGUCCAAUGUGAAGGGACAGAUGUGUGUCACAUGAGACAAAGGGGGCCAAUCUUUUAAGCUGUCGACCCCGAUCAUGCAGUUAAAGUUGGUUAUCAGAGGGUGGGAGGGGUAAAAUUGUAAAUGUGGUAGGUUUUUUUUUUUUGCACUGGCCCAGUGGGGUCAAAUAAAGGGGCUGAUUUU